AUGUCUCCCAUUCUGCCAGGCAGCGACAUGUUUGUCGACAAAACCAACCCCAGCAGCAAGGCGAAAAAGAAGACCACAGUAAAAGUUGGCAGAAACUCGGGCAAAACCAAGGCGGCCAAAGAGACGAAUCUCAAUUCCCUCAUUCAAUUGCUGAGAAGCCAGAAUGAACAGCAACAAAAACUGAUUGAAAAUCUAACCAAAACAAUUGAACAACUGCGUAAAGACCUUGAAAACUCAGCAGACAUGCACUUUUUAGCUAAGCAAGCUAAAAUCAAAGCCCAAGAGUGCACGAAAGCCGGAGGAGAAGGAGCGGCGGAAACCUUUGAUGCUCUAGCAAGCAUGAUCAAGGAACAGACUGCCAAGGCAGUCCCAACAAACAAGGAAAUCACCCCUCCUCCCCAAACCCCCCCAAAAACCGUACUUUCCAUACCGGAAUAUAUGGAAAUCGAAGAGGAAAAACAAAAGGGAAUAAAGAGGAGAGCCUCAUCAAGCCCUCCCCCAAAAGCUUCGACCUCAACCGCAGCCCCCACCCCCCAAAAAGGCAACGACGAGCCAGCCAAAAAAACCACUAUUCCCCCGAUUGUACUGAAAACACCGGGAGAAUGGACUACGGUUAAAAGAAAGUUGGAAUCCAAUGGAAUUAAAAUUCCAUCAGUAAAACUUAUGAGAGGAGGUUUGAGAAUUCAAACCAAUGAUGCCAAUGAAUACAGAACCACCACCAAAAUCCUAGAACAAGACAAACACGAAUACCACACAUAUUCGCUCCCUGAAGAUAAACUACUGAGUGUAGUGAUGAGGGGAAUCGACAUGAGUGUGGAGAUUCCAGAUAUAGAAGACGAUUUGAAGAGCAAGGGGCUUGAAAUCAAAAUCGUCCAUAGGAUGAAAUCCUAUAAAACCAAGCUGGAUUCACCGCUUGUGAUAAUUCAAGUCCCCAAAUCAGAAACCAGAAUUUGGGAAAUCAAGGAUUGCUGCAGCUACGUAGUAAGAAUUGAGGCCCAAAGACAGGUUAAAAAUCAGAUUCCACAAUGUCAUAGGUGCCAGAAGUACGGCCACAGUCAAAAGAACUGCAGAUGUCUCUACAGAUGCGUCAAAUGCGGAGAUCAGCAUCCCACAGCCGAUUGUACGAAGCCCCGCACUACUGACGCUAAGUGCGCCAACUGCAGUGGCAAACACUUUGCAAAUUACCGAGGAUGCCCGAAGUGCCCAAAACCAGCAACAAAAGCAACCCCUCCAAAACCCAACCAAAAACCCACUCCAAAAACCCAGCCAGGAAAAUCCUACGCAGCAGCGACUGCUCCCAAAAUCCAACCCCAAAAGGCUCACAGAGACCCUCAACAAACCCCAACCCCAACCCUACCCCCGGACUUCAUGGAUUUCAUCCAGAAGGCCAUAGGAACCGCAGUUCGUGCAGUAAAUGGUGGGGGUACGAAAAAAAUGACUGCUUCAAAAACAGACAAGCCUAAUGCAUUGCAGUGUGAAGCGCCAUCAAUAGAAAAUGUAGAAGAACCGAAUGUACUACCUCAAGUGACUAUAGAACAAGGAAAUGACAAUUCAGGUUCUGAAACAGAUGAUUUGUUGGUGCCUAUCUUUGCAUAA